AUGAAGUUCUCUUCGCUCACACGAGCACUCGCUUCUACAGCACUGCUAACGGCCUCCCUGUUCUCGAGCUCUGCUGUGGCCAUCGAUGUUGACCCGACCAACCAAGACUCUCUGUUCGCCGCUACACAAGAGGUCGCCCUGAAGCUCCGCGCACUGUACCCCGACAACGAGACCUGGUUCGUGGCCGGUGAGUUUGGGCUCAUCCAGACGGCCGAUGGAAAGAACAAUCAGGGAUACUACUGGUGGGAGGCUGGUGCCGCAAUGGGGGCUUGGGUCGAGUAUUGGCACUACACGGGCGACGACCAGUUCAACGAUAUCGUGACGACGGCACUACUCAACCAGGUCGGCGAGGACGACAACUACGAGCCCUCCGCGCAGACACUCUCCCUCGGUAACGACGAUCAGGCCUUUUGGGCGCUUGCAGUGCUGUCGGCGGCCGAGCGCGUGUUCCCGAACCCGCCGUCGGACAAGCCGCAAUGGCUCACGCUGGCCAUGGCCGUGUUCAACAGGCAGGCGUCACGCUGGGACGAGCUCAACUGCGGCGGUGGGCUGCGGUGGCAGGUGGUUUCCACGAACGCUGGGUACGACUACAAGAACGCCAUCUCCAACGGGCUGUUUUUCCAGAUGGGCGCACGGCUGGCGAGGUAUACGGGGAAUGCGACGUAUGCGGAGUGGGCGGAGAAGGUGUAUGAUUGGUCAAAGACGACGGGAAUCAUCUCGAGCGAGUACAAGGUCUAUGAUGGGUCGCAUAUCCCGACGGACACGAAUGGCGAUGGAAUGGAGCCCGACUGCCCGGUCACUGAGGUCUAUCAGUGGUCGUACAAUGCCGGUGUCUACCUCGCUGGUGCCGCCUUCAUGUACAACUAUACCGACGGUGACGCAAAAUGGGAAAACGAAACCAACAACCUCAUGCAGGCCAUCCAAUCGCCCUUCUUCACCUCCGACUACAUCAUGCGCGAGUCCGCCUGCGACCCCGCCCCCAGCGAUAAGGCCGCCACAUGCAACACCGACCAGCGCUCCUUCAAGGCCUACCUCUCCCGCUUCCUGGCCUACACCUACCAGAUGGCGCCCUUCACCCAGUCCUGGAUCCUGCCGCGCCUGCAAGCCAGCGCCGUCGCCGCCGCCGCAACAUGCAACGGCGGCUCAGACGGAAAGGUGUGCGGCCUCGCGUGGGUCAAGAAGACAUACGACAGCUCACCGUACGGCAUUGCUGUCGGCGGCCUCGGCGAGCAUCUCUCGGUCAUGGAGAUCCUACAGGCAAACUUCAUCACGACGGCGGUCCCGCCGGUGACGAACACCACGGGGGGGACGAGUGUGGGUGAUCCGGCGGCGGGUACGGGGACGGGGUCGCUGGAGAGUAAGCUGCAGACGGACCCGUCGACGACGGGGGAUAAGGCGGGCGCGGGCAUAUUGACGGCGAUUGUGCUGGGACUGUUGUUGAGCUUGACGUAUUGGCUGCUGAGGGGAUAG